ACAAAUUCAAUUGAAAUGGAAAAUUCUAUUUUUACAACAAAUGAAUCAACUCAAGAUAAUACAACUUCUAUUGAAACAACAAAUUCCAUUAUUACUAAUAAGUCAGCAUCAUCAUCUCAAAAUAAUACUUUGAUUAUUCCACAAAUGGUCUUUGGAGAUAAUUGUCAG